AUGGCCCGUAAGCGCAAGAGCGUAGCUAGUACUGCUGACUUGUGCCCGCGGGAUCUCAACGAGAUCCCGUACAUCGCCUGGAUGAACAAGCAGAUCGCUGGCGGCCGCAAGCCCGCCGGACCGUUGCCGGAAGGAGCGCCUGGUGCGGGAGACACCUCGUUCGAGGCCCUGCGCGAUGUCCCUACCCGCGGACGCCGUCAUGCCGACCGUGUUGCCUCAUCCCGCGUCAACGACGAUGCUGCCUUCGAUGACGACGAUGACGCCGCGGACUCUGAUUACAACGAGUGCGACGAGGCCUGCGACGACGACGCGGACUCUGGCGAGGAGGAGGACAAGGGCAUGUCCCCCUCCGAGGAUGAAGUUGACGCCGAUGAGGACGCCGAAGACGACGAAGACGCUCCCGAGGAGGCCCAGCCUGCGACCCCGGCUCCCCGUCGCGGCCGUGCCUCUGCCGCUGCGGGAACCAAGACUGCUGCGAAGGGCGGGGAACCUCCGCGUGCUGCUGCCACGACCCGCAACCUGCAUCCUGUUAAGCGGAGCGUGUGGUCCCCCCGCGAGAACACGAUCUUCGUGGCUGCACGUUGGUUCAUGAAGGACGAGCUCGGACCCCUCCUCGGGAAGCAGGGCUCUCAGUACUGGGCCCGCCUCGCGCGCCAUCUCGAGCAGGAGAAUCCCGGGUGGGUGCGCGGCGUGAACGUGCUUCAGAAGCAGUGGCGCAAUCUCGUCAACAUGUACAAGCAGAUCAAGAAGGGGGAGAAGGCGAGCGGCAAGGGUGCCGUGUGCAAGCCCCACUGGUACCCGUACAUGGCUCUCUUCCAGAACAACAAGGCGGUGGGCAACCCUCACGCCGUCGACGGUGGAGGUGCGGCACACGUCAACGUGCCGUGCGGGUUCGCGGUUCCGUCCACUUCGGCGCCCUGCAACUCUACGCCGACAUUCACUGGUACGUUUCCAUUGGGUACUCCCACGUCGAAGCGCCUACGUGUGGCAGAGACGGCAACGUUGGCCGCUGCCAAGCUGGUGUGCGAGACAAUCAAAGGCUGCCACUCUGACGCCAUGAGCAGGCUCGAAGGCCUCGUCCGCGCGUGGAUGGAGCAGGACACGCGUAUUGCUUGCGAACGCGUGCAGCAGCCCGCCCCCUCCCCGCCGGCCGGCGACGACAUCCCAGUCCACGCGGACAACAUGACCGCAGCGGACGCCGCCGAAGGCGGCGACGACGGCUGGCUCCGUCGCGGGCAGACGGGCGAAGACGCCUCUAACCCUGAUGCGGGUGAGGAGGUGUGGUUUCGCGGCGCCGCCGAGUGA